CUCAUGUCGUAUUGGCAACCACACGGUCUUCUUUAACAUCAGUUGUCACUGCAAAGUCAUUUAGCUGAUAGAUUGAUUUUCUUUCGUCUUUCUUUUUUCUUUUGGAUUCCACUCUGAAUCUUACAUAUGUAAAUGUCUUCACUUUGUCCCUGCUUUCGACCACUCCUUCCUCAAUGGAGGUACAAGAGUGCACGUUUUUUGGUUAUUCUCCACUCUAAAACAAAGGUUUGCUUCAAACCGUGGGUGUUUUCCUCUUCCUCCAAUGAUGAUUCAGCUUCACUGCCUAGACAAAGCCAAUUGGGUUAUGAUCCUUCAGAGGAGCUAUUUGGACUCUCAGUUGAUCCAAAACCAAGCAACGCUCUUCCAGGGACACCAAAACCAAGAUCGUGGUUUGGUCCAAAUGGUCAGUACAUCAGAGAGCUUCCUUGUCCAAGUUGCAGGGGGAGAGGUUAUACACCAUGUACAGAGUGCGGAAUAGAAAGAUCAAGGUUGGACUGUUCUCAAUGUAGUGGAAAGGGUCUAAUGACUUGUCGUCAGUGCUCGGGGGAUCGUGUGAUAUGGGAAGAGUCAAUUGAUGAGAAACCAUGGGAGAAAGCUCGUUCAAUUUCUCCACUCAGAGUAAAAGAGGAUGAUGAGGUAGACAACCUAGACCUAAAUCUGGAUGUGAAGAAAAAAUCAAAGCGUGUUUACCAAUCACCUUCUCCUGAAGUUGGAUUGAAGAUCAGCCGAUCACUAAAAAGUCUCAAUGCAAAAACUGGACUAUUUAGUAAAAGAAUGAAGAUCAUCCAUCGUGAUCCUAUGCUUCAAGCGCAAAGGGUGGCUGCCAUUAAGAAAGCAAAAGGAACUGCUGCAGCAAGGAAGCGUGUUUCCGAAGCUUUGAAAGCUUUUUUUAGUGAUCCAGAGAACCGUCGCAAGCGGAGCAUUUCUAUGAAAGGAGUUAAAUUUUACUGUGGAAAUUGUGGCCGUGAAGGGCAUAGAAGACACUACUGCCCUGAAAUCAGAGAUAGUUCAAUAGAUAAGAGGUUCAAAUGUCGAUUAUGUGGAGAAAAGGGCCAUAACAGAAGAACCUGUCCAAUGUCUAGGUUGAGCAAUCAUAAAAGCUCUGGUCGAAGGCGUCACCGUUGCAAGAUCUGUUGUAAAAGUGGUCACAAUCGUCGUACAUGUCCUCGAGUGAUAGGGGUGAGAGACAAUUUGACUUCUGGAAGUAGAAUAUAUACCUGCAGGUUAUGCCGAGAAAAAGGGCACAAUAUAAGGACAUGUCCUAGUAAAAAGAAGAGCCAUCAAAAUUCUAAUAUUCAAUUGAAAAAGGAAGCCAGCAACUUGGUCUUCAAUAAUUGUGCUGGACAGUAGACAAAACAACAGAAAGCUCUGGCAUCUCUAUUUCCUAGUCUUUCUCUGGCUGGAUUUAAGGAUAGCAUCCUACUUUCCCUUUCGAUUUAUCUGAUAGUAGAUUUUGCUUUAUCCACUAAUUUCCUAACACGCAGGGGUUGCUAUUUUAAUGGCCAAAACCUUGAACAGAGAUGUAAACCUGUUGUCCAUUAUUUUCACUUGUUUCACUUGCCCAUUAUUUUCUAUGAUGACUUGUUUUGAUGUAAGCCAUCUCAGCUUAGAUGAGUUCAAGGGAUGGCACUUUGGAUAGAUAUCUUGUACUCUUCCAUGAAAGAGAUCUGGCCACUUUCUUUCGAGGCAGGCUUUUUGCCAAUGGACCCAAUAUAUGACUGCCUGCAACAUGCCACCUUUUAGAGAAAACAAAACCAUUUCCAUUUU